AUGUCCGUCGUCAUCCAGAAUUUCGGUUGCUCUGACCCUUUCGCCAACGUCACCUCCCAGUCAAGUGCUGGCGGCGUGGCCACCCAUUUGAUUCAUAUCCGAAAUCAGCAGCGAAGGGGCCGAAAAAGUGUAACCACGGUUCAGGGCCUCGGCAAGGCGUUCGAUCUGAAAAAAAUGGUCCGCGCCCUGAAGAAAGAGUUGAACUGCAACGGAACGGUCAUUGACGACGCUGAGUACGGCAGCAUCAUUCAACUUCAAGGUGACCAGCGCUUGGCUGUGAAGGACUUUUUGGAGCGCGAAAGCAUAUGCUCAGGGGAGCAGAUCCGAAUUCAUGGGGCUUGA